GGCGGUAACGGCCGCUCCGCAGCCGUUAGAAACAGGCCCGAGCUCUCCGCUCUGCCCGCGGGUGGCACCGGCAGCACCAUGGCCGGCACCAGGGCGGAGGACGAGAUAGCUGCUAUUGAGAAGGAGAUAAAGCAGUUCUGGGCCAGCUUCAAGAGCAUCUACGGCAGCGAGCAGGGCAACCAGACUAUAGCGCUCAGGGAUUCGUGCAAGGAGUCCAUUAAAGCACUGACAGAGAAAUGGUCUCAGAAAUUAAACGAAGAGGACUUGAUGAUUGACAAAAUUAAGGAGUAUUAUAACGAGAAUCUGCAGCAGAACAAACUCAUAUCAGAAAAUAAGGAAAACUUUACAGAAAUAAAAGCUAACCUAAAUCAUGAAGAAGAGCAAAAUAAGAGCUUGACGGACAGCAUUCAAGAACUUAAAGAAGAGCUGAUAGAAAAGAAGAAAAUAAUAGAUUCUAAAAACAAGGCCACUAAGGAGAGAAUGGAACGACUGUGCAAGUCUAAAGCAUUGUUUGAAGAGCGUCUUGGCCUGGAAAUCCGCAGAAUCCAUGAUGAACAGUUGCAGUUUAUCUUCAGGCACAUUGACCACAAAGACCCCGAAAAGCCGUAUACAUUUACCCUUUUCAUAAAUGAACAGGGAGAUUAUGAAGUGACUUCCUGUUCUCCUCCCCUGGAAUGUAUAGCAGAGUUCCAGCAAAAAGUGAGAGAAACUAACAAUUUUUCUACAUUUAUUGCCAAAAUCAGAAAAGCUUUCACCGAGUUAUCUUAUAAACAGUCUGCAUAAGAGUAGCUUAUGUCUCUAUUCCUAGCUGUACAGCUCUUUUAUUUCUCCUUCUUGUAUUAUGAAAUUAUCUUUUCUAUCCAUGUCUAGCUCUAACUUCUAAAUAAAGGAAAGUAACCAAA